ACGUGUUAGCCCUCCAUUUUACAAUCUGAAACACGACAACAAUUCUCGAUAUAAAUGUGCAUUUAGAAAACUUUGAAGAAAUUCAUAAAACAAAAUGUGCAGGUUACAGUGCCUCCUUGCCUUAAUACUUCUAACAAUCACUACAGUUAGUUCAUGGGACAUAGCAAUCACUGCCGAAAAGGAAAUAGAAUUCUACGACAAAGGGAUCAAGGCAGGCAAAGUCGAUGUACCCAAAGGAAAACUUACUGCACUCGCCUACGAUGCUGUAUACAACCUGCUCCUAUUUGUCGACAAACACAGCGACAAUGCGUCCAUAUUCAGUUAUAACUUUACGUCGCAAAACACACGCUCAUUAGUUAGAAAGAAGUUCUAUGAACAAAUAGAAGGAAUUGCAUUUGAUCCUCUAACAGGAAGAUUGUUCUGGACUGACAUCGAUGCGAAGGGAAUAUACUACAAAUCUUUGAAAGGAAAUGAAAAGGGGUCUUUAAAAGGAACCGAUGAUUUUGGCACCUUACUGUUCAAUGUUAGUGAACAGAAUCCAAGAGACAUUGCUGUAGAUAGCUGUAGAGGGUACAUUUAUUGGACCAACAUAGCUUAUAAGCGAGCAUCCAUAAUGAAAGCACGUCUCGACGGAACUCAGGGAAUACCAGACGUUGUAGUUAAUACUGAAAUCUAUAAACCAGUAAGUAUAGCGAUCGAUCAACGAGAGCGAAAGAUGUACUGGGCUGAUGACGAAGAAGGAAUUCAUUACGCCAUAUGGAGUGCAGAUCUCGACGGUAAAAACAAAAUACUAAUGUCUAAAGGCAUCCAACAUCAACCAAAUUCUUUGACUGUAUCAAAAGACAGUAUUUUUUGGAUUGAUUGGGACCAGUCUACAGUUUGGAAAUUGCCAAAAAUAGCUGAAAAGGUGUCUGCACCUGAAGCUGUAAUCAUCUUCAGCGGGUCACCCUUUGGAAUAGUUGCGAACUAUCCUAUUGAUGAACAAACGCAGGAUAUCCCUGAAUGCAACAAACUUCGAGAGCUGUCCCAAAACAGACCUGUAAUAAAUGGCUCUAUAGAUGUUCCUCUAGACGCUGGUAUUUACUGCUUGCACGGUUACCAGAUCGAUAGCAUGACUUGCAAAUGUACACAGGGUUACACCGGUGAUCGGUGUGAAAUUCCUAUCUGCCAUAAUUACUGUUUGCGAGGUCAGUGUAAGCUGACUGCGGAUGGUGAAGCUAAAUGCAAGUGUGAAAGUGGGUACACCGGAGAACGUUGCGAUGUAGAACUAUGUUUGCAUUACUGCCUCAAUGACGGUCAAUGUUCAGUCAGUCCAAAAGGAGAACCUAGUUGUGCUUGCUCUGAUCGUUACGAAGGCAGGAGAUGUGAAACACGAAAGGUGGAUAAAGGCGAACCAACUCCAGUGAUUGCAGAUACGGAUAAUACACAAUCUGUUUUCGAACCCAGAGCGAGGCAAGGGGAGCCUGGAGUGAUACCUGAAACUACUGCAAUAAGCACAGCAAGUCCUACAGUGGGAGCACCCAAUACAGAAUCUUGCAAUUGCACCUCAGAAACUAAAGCCAUACCAACAACUAAAUCUGCCGAUGUUGGAGAUUUUCUACCGACCAGUGAUUGUGAUGGAUGGGACCCCAUUAGGGACCCCAUAUUGAUGUUGCUUGGUAUCAUUUGCGGAUUCCUCUGCAUCGCUUGUACAUUCCUUAUGACCAAAAUUAUGCAGUUGAAGAAACGACCAAGGAUUAAGAAACGCAUCAUUGUGAACAAAAACGUAACUCCGCUGACUGCCCGACCGGAUCAAUGCGAGAUUACUAUAGAAAAUUGCUGCAACAUGAACAUUUGUGAAACUCCUUGCUUCGAACCUCGAUCCACGAUUCGGCCUACAUUACUAGACGCAAAGCCAGGCAAGGAGGAGAAAAGAAACCUCAUCGCUAACAUGGAACUACCAGACGAUUAAUAUUAGCGUAUAUACAAACUAGUGUCAUAUCAGUAACAAAAUAACAACUCUAAUAACUGUUACCAAUCUUGUAAACGUUAAAAGGUGUAUUUUUUAUAAGAUGUCAGUUUUGAAAUGCUAUUUUCACAUUAACUGAUUUUUUUUAUAAAUUAUUAAGAUCGUGGGAGUAAAGGAAUUAGACUUUAGGGAUGUGAAAAAUCUCUAAAACCUUUGAAGAUUUUGACAGAACUUCAAUGGCAAAUGCCAAUGCCCACGUGGAUCAGCUAAAUUAAAGUUGAUCUCCCUCUAUCGCAGGUACAAGAAUACUAUACCUUUCAUAUUUCCAUAUUAUUUCUAAUUACAUUAGAUGUUUUUGACUAUGCUGACCUAUUCCAUAAACACUAUAACUUGGGCCUUUUCAAGGUGAGAGUGAAUAAGCUUAAAUCACACUGUCCCGCAAUCCCGCGCGGAGACGUUUUGUCAGUGUGUUGUACGGUCCGUGUUUUCUAUGCAAACUGAAAUACUUCGGUACAACGUUAAAAAACGCAGCUCCGCACACCGUUGCGUGUCGUGGGGCAAUGUGAUAAUCGUCUUAAAUAGGUGUUCAUGCUCUAUCGUCCUCAUAAUUACUUUACGUGGGUUAGAGAUCACAUAAGCACUUAUUUUUUUAUAUAAAAAAGUAAUGAAAGUUGGUAUAAGCAUCCUAUCAAGUUAACUCAAUAAUUGUAUAAUUAAGUUAUAUAUUUAUUUCUCCAACAUUUCACAAAGUUUCACGAAUAAAUUUUAUAUUAUUUUAAGAUGGAUAUAAAUGUUCUGUCAGCCGUGAUUUCAAAAAAUGCGAGUCCACGCUGGGCAUUGUCCUUUACUGUUUACUUGCCAUUUCCCUCCAGGCAAUGAUAUUUUAUGUAGGAUGUUUAUUUACAAACUGACUAAGAAUGAUUUAAAAAUAUUACCUACUCCAAAAACUAUGCACGUAUUACACAAUAGAUUGGAAAUAAAUUGCUAGAGUUGUAUAAAAAUAAUGUUUGGCAAAACACCCAAAGGUAAACUUGUGAUAUUCGAUGUAGGUAAAACGACUUCCAUUUUGAGAUAAAAUCCACGAAGUCGUAGUAGGGCUGUGGAUGCUUAAAAUCUGAGUGCAAGAGAACUAGAUUUUAACACGUAGUUAUAGUGGGUUUGUAGUGGAAUUUACGAAGAAACAACAAAAAUUUAAGUGCUAUUUGGUAACACUUUCAGUACUUAUUAUAGUGACUAUAAUAAUAAAAGAAAUUGUGCCUUUUUCAUACAAAUAAUAAAUUGC